UGUCGCCGGGCAACGUGACGUCACGGGCUAUAAAAGGAGCGGUCCGGCUGCGGCAGCGGGGGUUUAGCGGGACUGCGGCAUCCGGCAGGAUUUUCUGGCUGUCGUGUUUCAUCGCCUAUCCAACAUGGCAGAGCUGUCGGUCGGAAUCAAUGGGUUUGGACGUAUCGGACGCCUCGUCCUCCGCGCCUGUCUGGAGAAGGGAAUCAAAGUGGUGGCAGUGAACGACCCGUUUAUUGACCUCAACUACAUGGCAUACAUGUUCAAGUACGACUCCACUCACGGCCGUUACCGUGGCGAUGUGCAGGUCGAGGACGGCAAGCUGGUGGUGGACGGAAACCCCAUCUGCGUCUUCCAGUGCAUGAAGCCGGCAGAGAUCCCGUGGUCCGAAUCCGGGGCGUUGUACAUCGUUGAGUCCACUGGCGUCUUCCUCAGCGUGGAGAAGGCCUCGCUGCAUCUGCAGGGCGGAGGGAAGCGUGUGGUCGUGACGGCUCCUUCCCCAGACGCCCCCAUGUUCGUCAUGGGGGUCAACGAGGAGAAAUAUGACCCGAGCACCAUGAGCGUGGUCAGCAAUGCCUCCUGUACCACCAACUGCCUGGCUCCCCUGGCAAAGGUGAUCGAGGAUAACUUCGGAAUCGUGGAGGGUCUGAUGACCACCGUGCACGCCUACACCGCCACGCAGAAGACGGUGGACGGACCCUCCGCCAAGGCCUGGCGUGACGGCCGAGGUGCCCACCAGAACAUCAUCCCGGCCUCGACAGGUGCUGCCAAGGCGGUGGGCAAGGUCAUCCCCCAGCUCAAUGGGAAGCUGACCGGAAUGGCGUUCCGUGUUCCCGUGGCGGAUGUCUCUGUCGUGGAUCUCACCUGCCGCCUGGCCAAGCCCGCCUCCUACGCAGAGAUCAAGGAGGCGGUGAAAACUGCGUCGGAGGGCCCGCUGAAGGGCAUCCUGGGGUACACAGACCACCAGGUGGUGUCCAGUGACUUCGUGGGAGACCCCCGCUCCUCCAUCUUCGACGCUGGCGCUGGAAUCUCGCUCAACGACAACUUUGUGAAGCUCAUCUCCUGGUACGACAACGAGUUUGCCUACAGCAACCGGGUGGCUGACCUCUUAACCUACAUGUUCAGCAAGGAGGAUUGAGGAGCCUCCGUGCCCUCGAGAAGAGGAGGCGAGGCGGGCGAGACUGGAGCCUGCCGCUCCCCGCUCUCCCCAGUCGGCCGUAGAUUAGUCCGUGAGCACGGAUCUCCCCGUCACGCACCCGGACGCUCCUUCCCCUCUCCUCGACAACCUCGCACACAGCAGCGCUAACCCUCAUCUUGUUUGGUCCCGAGUCUUUGCCCACCCAUCGUGUUCGGAUGAUGUGUCCAGUGUCGAGAGACUCCGGGAAGGAGUUGUGAUUCCCGCAGUAGUGUCGGUGUUCAAUAAAGCAAUCACCAGCUCA